AUGGUGUACGACUGGGAGAAUAAAGAGGCAAUGUGCUAUCGCAUGUACAUCGAGGAGAAGAAGUCGCUGGAAGACAUAAUGGAGUAUAUGAAGGAAGAACACCAGUUCGCGCCGAGCAAGCGUGCCUUCCAGACCCAAUUCAAGCGCUGGGACUUCCCCUCCAAGCAGAAUCCCGCCCACAAGAAUGAAGCCCUCGUGCAGCGCGUCAAGGAGCUGUGGGAUGUCAAUACCUCGCAGCGCGACAUGCUCAAGACCCUCAACGACGAGGGCUUCGACAUCAAGGAGCGCGAGCUGAUGCGGGUGCGGGCGAAGAACCGCUGGCUGCUGCGCGUUCCCAAUGGCAUGAAGAGCAAGAAGAACUCGGAUCAGGAUGUGCUGAAUCAACUCCAGGCCGCCCUCUACCCAGGCGAGCAGAUGGGCGAGGUGGAUGCGGACGACGAGCAGUUGGGCGACAUGUCCAUGCCGCAGGAACGUGAACCGCGGCCUGAUUCGCCCCCCUUGAGUCCCGAGGUGAUGCGCAAGAGACAGGAACGCAUGGCGAAACUGCAAGCCGAGUCGGCCGAACGAUGGGCCUCGAGGAGGAGACGUCGUCGCACUCGGAGCUGGGCAGGCUUGCCGGCAGACCCUCCCGGACCUCCACGAUUCCCUUCCGAGACGACCAUCGACGAGAGUAAAGCCUUCCUCAGCUUGGAUAACCGCCUCUACCGCGACAUUCGGGCUCGAUUUCAGCGGAUCUGCGAAGAGGCCGAUAUUAUCAAGAAGACCCUCGCAGGUCCAGAACGCUGGGAGGCCGCGAAGGACAGACUGGUGCAGGAGAGCCCGCAUCUCCAAGGCGUGCUCUGGGUCAGCGAGGAGAACCAGGAGGCAAAGAAGCUGGCCUUGGAUGUUGUGUGCAGCGAUGUCACCAAGCGAAUGCGGACACUGGAGCGGCGGAUGACCAUUGCAGAAGCCAAGAACUAUCUGGGAGUCAACCCGGAGGAGUCCCGCCAGCUGCGGAAUGCAUUCUACCAAACUCUCAAGGCGGACCACUUCACCAGCAAGCUCGAGGCGGGCGAGGAGCAUUGGAAGGAAUUGAAGGCGUCCUGGAUCAACGGCUCUCCACUGCUACAGAAUAUCCUCGCCCCCGGAGAUGCGGAUCCUCAGCACGCACAGAAAGUCAAGGCUAUGGAGGUGCUCUGCCGGGAUGUCAUGAAGCGUCUGCGAGAUGAUCAGACGAAGCGUGAUCCUACGAGGAAGAAGAAGUUCGACUCGAACUUCGUUACUGCGGACCACGGCCGAGACCCAGGGAUGGACGACUUUCCUCCGGAAUUUCAAAGCGGACCAGACGAGAAUCUCAUGCGGGCAGCAGCUCUUGCCCAGGCGCAAAACCACAUGCAGAACGCCUCGCAGCCGCAAUCUCAUUCCGGAGGCCCGAUGGACCAUCAAUCUCAAGCCCAAGAUCUCCAUGCGCAGCCUCACCCACAGGUCAAAUUCGACCACACCGAUAUGCAGAUUGAUCCCUCGCUCCUCCUCGCUGCCGCCAACGACCCAUCGUUGAUGAACAGCGGCAUGCAGAGCCAGUAUGCCGACCAGCAAUAUCUGGAGCAGCAAUUCGCAGCUCCGGCCUCCUUCCAACCCGCUUCAUCAUCGUGUGCCGUCUACUUCCGCCUCCACCCCAACUCGGACGUCGCUUCCCAGUCUCGCCUCUGGGUCGAUACGUUGACGUCCAAUUCCGUCGAUGAGCUGCGUCAACGGGUUGCUGUCAAGUUCCCCGGCGCGGUGGCUCUCCGCAUUGAAGGGAUCAUCAAGUCACCCAAUGGCAGUGAGAUGGCCCUACCCAUCGAUGCGGACGACGAGCUGGAGGCGUACUUUGCUGCGAUUGCGGGCGUGAAGCCGGUGUUCUCGGUUCUGGUUUCCAUGUGGAAGAACAAUGGACAGCUCAAUGGGUUGUAG